ACUGUAUAAAUCAGAGAAAAUAACUUGACGAGCGGAAAACAGAUACCCCCAGCCCACCUCCUCUCUCUCUCUCUCUCUCUCUCUCUCCAACUCAACCCUUGAGAGGAAGAUUCAUGGACUCUCAAACAAGCUCGCCAGUAGAAGUCCAGACCGUUGAUGUUCAAGGAGCUAAAGAACUCAUCACCUCUGGCCAUCGUUAUCUUGAUGUGAGGACGGAGGAGGAGUUUAAAAAGGGCCAUGUAGAUGUGGAGGGCGCUCUCAACAUUCCUUACAUGUUCAACACCCCUCAAGGAAGGGUGAAGAAUCCAAAAUUUAUGGAGCAAGUUUUAUCAGUCUGCAACAAGGAAGAUCAUCUAGUAGUGGGGUGCCAAACUGGUGUAAGGUCGGUAUAUGCAACAACUGACCUUCUUAAUGCUGACUUCAAGCAUGUGCGGAAUAUGGGAGGGGGCUAUGUUGCAUGGGUGGAGAAUGGUUUUGCAGUGAAGAAACCAGAACACUAAAGUUGUACACUACUCUUUCAUUUUUAUCACAAAAUGAAUUGCUACCAUCUCCUUCCCCAUGCAUGGACUACUACAUAAAGGGGAUCGAAACUAUAAAUAAAUUUUCUGUAAUUCCAGCAAAACAUCUUCUCUUUCCAUUUUAUGCGAGGUCGAGAUUAAAA